AUGAGCGUAGAGGAUACAACGAAGCGUCUUCAUUUUCUUUGGGGCGCUUCUCAUACUUUACUGCCUACCGUCCCCGGUUUAUCAGCUUUUUAUAUGCAAAAAUUUAUUCAAUGUGCAAUUAAUGAAGAUCUAAAUCUUGCCGAUGGUGUCAGACGAAGAUAUUGUGCGCAUUGCGGAAGUAUUUUCGUCCCUGGGUUAAACACUCAGGUACGACUUGACGUAAAAAAGAAACGAAAAAGAAAGAAAUCAAAAACAAAUAAGGAAGAAAUUUUUCACGGCGUUGAAAAACGUAACACGCCUGCAAAAACGAUCACUAUGAAAAAGAAACGGCGGAUUAUACACUUUGAACCGUCAUUCUCUA